AUGCCUUUCACCAAGCAGACAAUUUCUGCGCUCGCCAUGACGGCGAUCGCCUCCGUGGACGCUGCCUUCGGCCCGGCUUUCAGUACUGGGCCUGUUGCUUCAGACUCUUUCAUCCGUGAAUCCACCUCGACUCUGGUCCUCCCUAAGACCCCCAGUGGCUCUUCAGGCGAUGCUUCUCUCUGGGUUGGCAUGGGUACCUCGAACGGUGACCUGAUACAGUCCAUCGCCGACAAUUGGCAGUCAAGUUCUUGGAGCGUCUUUGCCUACACUCUUUUAUCCACUAGUCCCACCACUCAGAUGCCUGUUCAGGGUGACUCUUCUACUGCCAACGCUGGAGACGAGGUGACCAUGCACUACAAGUUCGAUGACACCACCGGCAAUUACACUCAGACAGUUCUUGUCAACGGUGUGACUGUGUCCACUCUGUCUACAAGCGACGGAAGGGCCCAGGGCUGGGGUAGUGCCGUUGAGUGUGCCGCGGAUAAUUGCGGCACGAUGCCUGCUCACACUUGGAUCAACACAGAGAUCAUCCUGGACACCGCCGACGCGAACUACAUCAAUACCCUAGCUAAGGGCGAAGGCGUCACCGGCGACAUGUCAACCAGCGACAAUGGAAAGACCUGGACUGUGAGCACCAUCGGCAUUCCCGAAUUUACAUUUGGUGUCUCCUCUUAA